AUGAUUAAGCAAACAGAUACCGUUUUAAGCUCAUUUAAUUUUACUAGCCAAUCUAAUCAUACUAGUUCUAAGAUCAGAAACUUCUAUAAAGUUAAAAAUGCAUGUAUAAAGUUGAAAGAAGCUAUCGAUUGCAUUUAUGAACUGGGUUGUACGGAGGAUGACUUAAAAGUUUUGUUUAACAGUAACGAUGAAAUGGAUAAUAUAAUUGCCUCUAGCUCCACUAUGAAUAUUACCUCUGAAAUACAUAAAGUGAGGCCAAAAAUGGAUUUUGUUACUUUAUUUGAUAAUUUUGAAUUUAACGAAAAAAAAUCUGAAUUAGAUAGAUAUAUCAACUACCCAGUGGUCUAUGACGAACAACUAGAUAAUUUAGCGUUUAUUCACAAAAGUAUUCCCAACAUGAAUAACAAUUUGGAUAUUACAAGCCAAAAGGUAUUAUCUAACGAAAGAUUGGAAUUUUUAGGUGAUAGUUGGCUCGGUUCCAUUGUGGCGUAUAUUGUAUAUAACAAAUAUCCGAAUGCUGAUGAAGGUUUACUUACAAACAUUAAAGCAGCUAUUGUCAGUAAUCAAAAUUUAUAUGAAUGGAGUCUUAGAUUAAAUUUUGAUGCCAGAUUAAACAGUAAUAUUUCAAAGUCUACUAAGCUAGUAAAAGGUAAAUCGAACAAAAGAUAUGCCGAUUGUGUCGAAGCCUAUAUUGGUGCAUUGGUGGUGGAUAGAUUCAAUACCGAAUUUUUAGAUGUCAAAGAAUGGAUUGAAGAGUUAGCACAUGAACAACUGGAGGCAUUUAAAUCUGAAAGUAACAAAAUUCCAAUCAACAAAAAUGCAAAAUAUGAAUUAGCAAGUCUUUUACAAGUUAACAAAUUAGGUGCAAGUCUUAACUACAAAAGACUAAACAAUUCUUCACCAUUCAAAAUCGAGGUAAGGUUAGGUGACAUGGCUCUAGCAACUGCUGAAGGACAAAACGUCAAAGAAGGUGAACAAAGAGCCGCAAUGAAAGUUUUAGCUGAUAACAAACUUUUAUUGAAAUAUUCUGUUUAUGAUUUUGUAGACAAUCCCAAUUAUAAUACUAUUAAUGAUUCAAAUAUUCCUGUUAUUUCAAAACCUCAGGGAACUCGAUACAUGGAAGACGUGGAAGCAGCAAAUGAUGAGUCAGAAGAGUUGAUGGAUAGUUCGAGUAGCAAAAUUGAUAUAAAACAAGUUAGCAACCAUCAAUUAACCGAUAUUAAGCAAAUAACAGAACAAAUAAAAUCGGAAAUUGGUCCACUCAUCACUAAAGUAGUUAUAGAAGCGUUACAAAACGGAACUGUUGAUACCAGUUGUUUUAAUCCCAAAAAAGAGAUACCAGAACAAUCGAAUAGAGUGGAAGAACCACAUAAGUUAGAAUAUGGUAAGACUAGUCAUGGUUCAAGAAAACCAGAAAAUACAGUAGGUAAAAAUCAAAAAGAAAAACUUAAAUUUGAGACAGUACCAAAAACCUGUGAUAUUAAAGCAAAGGAAAAAUUAUAUUGUAUGCUUUCAAGAGAGCAUGUUUUCCCUACCUAUGUUACAGAACAGCGGACACUAGAUACCUUUUCUUCCAAAUGCAUUAUACAAGGAAGUGGGAAAGUUUUAGGUGAAGGCAUUGGACGUAGCAAAAAAAUUUCAGAACACAGAUCAGCUUCAGAUGCAUUAAAUGGUUCUGCUUUAAAGAAGUUUAUGCAAGAGAUUAAAAAAUAUAAAUCAUGA